AUGAAGUUCAUUCAGGUGCUGCAUAAUGCAGGACCCGAGGCGCUCCGAGAGUCAAAACGCGAGGCUCGUUCAUACUCUGCCCAGGUGGCACACGCCAGAGCACGAAAGCUUCGCGGCCCUGGAAAAGCGAAAGGGAUUGCUGAGGAAAAUGAUCCCAGAAAAGAAAAGAAGCAGACUAUGAAAGUCCUGAGCGCAAAAGGCCAGCCUUUAAACCAGCCUUUGCUUCCAUAUAACCAAACGACUCUAUCUAUAGCGGACCUUCACAUCCGACAGCCAAUACUAUCACCAUACAUCAACUUCCUUUCAACUCUCACAGCAGAUGAAUGUUUCAUGUUCGAUCACUAUAUCAAGAUUGUGAUGCCGUAUCUGAGCGCUCGCUGUCCAAUAGCAAGAUCCAUACGCCAGUACCAGGAAUACUUGAGAAAGAAUUGGAUCAUCAUAUCAUCGCACGAUACGGAAUUUAUCAGAGGGUUUCUCUUGGCUGCUUCCCGCCAUUUAUCCAUGGUGGAGUCCAAUAUCGAAUUCGAAGAAAUAGCUAUUCGGUAUAAACUGGAGCACCUGGCAAAACUCCGAAAGGACGUUGCCAUGCAACCAAUGUCAAUAAGCCCUCGAUCGGUCUCGAGUGCUUUGGUUUUGUCAUUUGACGAAGUGAGUCUCCCCAUUCACAUCUGCGUUCGGUAUAGUGUAUUACAACAAAAUAUUUACGGCCAAGUGCAGAUGCUUCUCGGUAACAUUCCAAUGGCAUUACGACAUAUCAAUGGGGCAGCAAGUAUAGUCCAGGCAGCUGGUGGACCACAGUCACUGGGUCUGAGCCAAUUUAUAUCAUAUACGUUGUUCACUUGUGUCCAGGAAGACCGAAUCGGAGAUUGGGCUUGGGUGUUGAAAUACGAUAAAGAUUUCAUGAAGCCUAAGAAAGGUUGA